AUGUCGAGCGUAAACAGCCGUGCCGCCGCCCUCGGCGUGCCCAUGACGCCCUCGGAGGUGGGCAAGCAGCGCGCUGCUGAGGCCGAUAUCCACGACUUCCUGCGCGAGGCGGGCGAUGCGCUCAACACGUCGACGACGCACGCCAUUGACUGGACCGCGCCCUUGCAAGACCCAGACUUACCGUUGCACCCUUCUCGCAGACACCAAGAGCCCGCCUCCUCGCGCAUGUACCAGCCGCAGCAUGCGCCCUCGUCGGCCUCAGGCCUCUCGCGGACGCCCUCGCUGAUGGACAAUGCCCCGGCCAUGCCCCCGCCGCUCGACGACGACUAUGUCCCCUACCGCCGCCCGCUGUCGCCCGACCGCCCCUACUCGCCCACGCGCACCUCUGUCGACUACUCGCGCCCGCCCGCCUCGGUCAACUCGUACGAGCCCUACGACCUCCAUGGCACCCCCCGCCCAGGCAGCCCCGAGCGGCCGCUGCCGCCCCAGCCCUUGUUCCACGGCGGGGCGAGGCCCACGUCGCGCGACUCGGAGCGCACCAUGGACAUGAGCGACAUGCGCUCGAUGCCCAUGCACGACCACGACCAUGACGACGACCCCUUCACCGAAGUCGACGGCGAGCGCCCGGAUCUGCGGUCGCGCGACUCGUACAUGACCGACGACACCUACACCGACGUCUACACCGAGGCAGACGAGAAGGCCGAGCACUAUGGGCCCGCGCCCGACGGCGCACAGGCACGCCGCGGUGCGCGCAACGCCGUCAUGACCAAGAAGGAGGUUCGCCUCAUCAACGGUGAGCUCAUCCUCGAGUGCAAGAUCCCCACCAUUCUCUACAGUUUCCUGCCGCGGCGCGAUGACAUUGAGUUUACCCACAUGCGGUAUACCGCCGUGACGUGCGACCCCGACGACUUUGUCGACCGUGGCUACAAGCUGCGCCAGAACAUUGGCAACCCGCGCGAGACCGAGGUCUUCAUCGCCAUCACCAUGUACAACGAGAACGAGAUCGACUUUACCCGCACCAUGCACGGCGUCAUGCAGAACAUCAGCCACUUUUGCUCGCGUAUGAAGUCGAGAACAUGGGGCAAGGACGGGUGGCAGAAGAUUGUCGUCUGCAUCAUUGCCGACGGCCGUGGAAAGGUGCACCCGCGCACACUCGAUGCCAUUGCCGCCAUGGGCUGCUUCCAGGAGGGCAUUGCGAAGAACCACGUCAACCAGAAAGAGGUCACGGCCCACGUGUACGAAUACACGACGCAGGUUUCGCUGGACUCGGACCUCAAGUUCAAGGGUGCUGAAAAGGGCAUUGUGCCGUGCCAGAUGAUCUUCUGUCUGAAGGAGCGCAACACCAAGAAGCUCAACUCGCACCGUUGGUUCUUCAAUGCCUUUGGACGCGCCCUCAACCCUAAUGUGUGCAUAUUGCUCGACGUGGGAACCAAGCCCGGCCCCAAGGCGCUGUACCAUCUCUGGAAGGCAUUCGACACCGACUCGUCUGUCGCUGGAGCAGCCGGAGAGAUCAAGGCUGGCAAGGGAAAAGCCUGGCUCGGCCUGUUGAACCCGCUCGUUGCGUCGCAAAACUUUGAGUACAAAAUGUCCAACAUUCUCGACAAGCCCCUCGAGUCGGUCUUUGGCUACAUUACGGUGUUGCCCGGUGCGCUGUCGGCAUAUCGCUAUCACGCGCUGCAGAACGACCACACAGGCCAUGGUCCCCUUAGCCAGUACUUCAAGGGAGAGACGCUGCACGGCCAAGAUGCAGACGUGUUCACGGCCAACAUGUACUUGGCUGAAGAUCGUAUCCUGUGUUGGGAGCUGGUGGCCAAGCGGAGCGAACAAUGGGUUCUGAAGUAUGUCAAGGCGGCCACUGGAGAGACGGAUGUGCCAGACGCGGUGCCCGAGUUCAUUUCACAGCGUCGACGCUGGCUGAACGGUGCUUUCUUCGCGGCCGUGUACUCGCUCCUCCACUUCAAGCAGGUGUGGGCCACCGACCACACCAUCUGGCGCAAGAUCCUCCUCCACAUCGAAUUUGUCUACCAAUUCGUCCAGCUCCUGUUCACCUUCUUCUCCCUGGCCAACUUCUACCUCACCUUCUACUUUGUCGCUGGUUCCCUGUCCGAUCCCCAGAUGGACCCGUUCGGACACAACAUUGGAAAAUACAUCUUCUUCAUCCUGCGGUACACGUGCACGCUGCUCAUCUGCAUGCAGUUCAUCCUGUCCAUGGGCAACCGGCCCCAGGGUGCGAAGAAGAUGUUCUUCUGGAGCAUGGUCAUGUACGGCAUCAUCAUGGCAUACACGACCUUUGCCUCGUUCUACAUUGUCAUUGUCCAGCUCAAAGACCCCAAGGCCGAAAAGAGCAUCGGAAACAAUGUCUUCACCAACCUCAUCAUCUCGACGGCAACAACCAUUGGUCUCUACUUCCUCAUGUCGUUUAUGUACCUGGAUCCCUGGCACAUGUUUACCUCGAGCGCGCAGUACUUUGCCCUCCUGCCUUCGUACAUUGCUACACUCCAGGUGUACGCCUUCUGUAACACGCACGACAUCACGUGGGGAACCAAGGGAGACAACGUGGCCAAGACGGAUCUCGGAGACGCCAGGGGAAAGACGAAGAACGUAGUCGAACUGGAGAUGCCGUCGGAGCAACUCGACAUUGACAGCGGGUACGAUGAAGCCCUCCGCAACCUCCGCGACCGCGUCGAAGUGCCCGAGACGCCCAUUUCGGAAUCGCAGCAGCAGGAGGACUACUACCGCGCUGUGCGUACGUACAUGGUGGUCAUCUGGAUGAUUUCCAACGCUAUCCUCGCCAUGACGGUCAGCGAAGCGUACUCUGACCGCAAGGUCACAAACAACUUUUAUCUCACGUUUAUCCUGUGGGCUGUCGCCGCCCUUGCCUUUUUCCGUGCCAUUGGAUCGACCACCUUCUUGGUCAUCAACUCGAUCCAAGCCAUCAUGGAGACGAAGCUCAAGUGGCAGGACAAGAUUGACGACAAGAAGAGCAACAGGACGGGCCUCGGCGGAGGCAGAAAGUACGGCCGAAACAAGUGGUGGAAGUUUGGUUUCGGCGGCGGCGUAUCGUCGAGCUGGUUUUCGGGCAGCACCAUCUCGAGCAAGCUCAGCAGCAUGGCGCCGAGCAACUGGGGCGGAAGCAGCGUGGGACGCUAG